AUGUGGUCACGUGACCAUGCAGUUAAGUUUUGUUAAGCGUACUUCAAAACGAAAUUGAAUUACAAAUUCGAAAAUAUCCUUAAUAUUUAUGCUUACGUUAAGUUUCUUAGUGAAUUACUUUAGUUUAUUUGAUAGAGAAUGUCAUUUGUUAAGAAAGGUUAAGUAAAAGUUAGCGUUUGAAUUUGAAAUAUCGUCAUGACCUUUCAAUUUCAAAUUAUGGAAUUGGUGUAGCAGUUUCACAAAAACUGUAGCUUGGCAUCAAUUUCUUCGUUUCCUUUAUCGUUUCAUUUACAUUUAAUAACAUCAUACAAACUUUCUAAUUGCAUUCUUGAAUGGUAAAAGUGAUGUAAGCGAAGCUACCCUUACACUUACUGCAAGUGAUUUAGAACACUUUGUGCAACUUUCUAAAGAAAUACAAUUUACAGAUUCCGAGAUGGAUAGUCAAGAGGGAGAUUCUGAGAAAAACGAUUCUUUUCAAGAUGAUGAGGAUGAGAAAGAAAUGACUGAACCUGAGAUUGGUGCCCAAGAGAUAGAAAUAGAAACAGAAAGAGUCGAUUCUCCAGAUGAGAUUCAUCCUGAUUUCAAGAAUAGUAAAGUCACAAUAGUCCCUCCUUUACGUCCUCUGACAAUAGCACCAAAACCUCCAACAACUAAGGUGCCAAUUUCUUUAAAACCGGCUGCUGUUUCAGGACAGCAAUUAUUUCUCGUUCAAGGUGGAUCUCCUGGUCAAGCGAUUAAAUUUUUAUCACCUCAAGGACAAAGCAUUAGUCUGGCAAAUUUUGCGAAACCACUUGCCUUUAAACCUGCAGUUAAGACGGUCGCUGUAAGUGGUACACAGGGUACAGGGGUGUCUGUUGUGCAACCAAAACAGAUUAUGGUGCGAAAAAUCUCCAGCAAUGUUCAAGGACAAAAAAUUGCUUCCGUUGUGGAUGGGAAGUCAACAGGUAUUCUACUUACUCAGAAAGCAGAUGGAGGACAAACUGUGAAACUUGCCACCAACCAAGGUGGUAGUACGAUAAUUUCUAGCCCCUCCAAGACUAUCACGCUGGCACAAGCACAGCAAAUGGGGCUUUUAACCGGUGCUAAAAUUGUUACUCAACCUGUUACAAAACAGGCUAUUUUUAUGAAUAAAACACAAAAUAAACCGGUAAAGAUUAUGCCUCAGGUGAGUAAAUUUCCUACCAAAAUUUUGCCUGCCCCUCAAAUAACCACAUCUGGAAAAGGAACACAGCGAAUAAUUUUGAAACAGGCUGGAGGAAGUGCUACAUUACUUCCAAAUCAAAUCAUUCAAGUGGGAGGAGCGCAAGGUCUCGCCACUGGGCAGUUGCAUCCUAUAAGUAUUCCAGGGAAAGGGAUCCAAUAUAUAAAAUUUGUAACUGCCUCGACAAGUAACGACACAUCAACUUCAUCUUCCCAAGGAACGAUUACAACCGCAAAACUGUCUUCUGCAGCAGGGACAACUGGAAGUAAACUGAUUGCAAUUGCAACAAGUAAUAACACCACUAAAGUUGCAGGAGUUCUAACGGAGGUCAAGAAUAUUGGUGCGACCGCAAAUAUUGCUCCCAAAACGGCCAAGGUGGUGACAGCAUCUGCCAUUCGAUCUUCAGACAUCGGUUCAGUCUCAAAUCCUCCGACGCAGCUUCUCAUGUUCCCGACGAGUUACAUUCGCGCAAGUGCCAACUCCAAAGUGCCCAUUCCGGCCAAGCCCACCCUCCCCAAGAACACGUCCAGCGUGAUAUCGGACAGUGCCGCGUCGGGGGCCAGUCCAAUCGAAACGAACAGUCUCGAGUCGAAUGGCAUGCGCCCCCGUAAACCGUGCAACUGUACCAAAUCUCAGUGUCUCAAACUUUACUGCGACUGUUUCGCAAACGGCGAAUUUUGUUACAUGUGCAACUGUAUGAACUGCUUCAACAAUCUCGAGAACGAGGAACAUCGACAAUUGGCCAUUAAAAGUUGCCUUGAAAGAAACCCGAACGCCUUUCGACCGAAAAUCGGGAAAUCAAAGGACACUGGAACAGAUACCCAAGUGCGCAAACACACAAAAGGGUGCAACUGUAAAAGAUCAGGGUGUCUGAAGAACUAUUGUGAAUGUUAUGAGGCCAAGAUAGCAUGCUCUAGUAACUGCAAAUGCUUCGGUUGUCGUAAUAUAGAGAGUUCGAUAGAGAAAAAGGGGUUGCAGGUACAGACAAGUCCGACUCAUCCUAUCCAUAACAUUCCCCCUAAUGUUCCCAAAAUCAAUCCUCCAAGGAACAUACUUCAAAUAAGGCCCAGAAGACAUUCAAGCAGCAAACAUGCCUUCAGUUUGAUAACGGACGACGUGAUAGAAAUAACGACUCAGUGCUUGUUAACAAUGUCGGACAAUGCUGAAACGAACUGCCAAAACGAGGAGGCAUUGAAGCAACAGAUUAUCGUCGAGUUCGGACGUUGUUUACAGGAAAUAAUCAACCACUCGACAAAUCGGCAAACAACUACGACAAAUAGUUCGGUAUAAACAACCACGUUCGUGAUAAUUUGACCACGUAUUGUGUAAGUAUCCUGGAAACAUUUACGAAUCGUUUGAAUUGUCGAUUGUGAUCAGCUUCCUAUUGUUGGAGGGCGUGACUUAGAGAUAUAACGUUUGAGCAAAAGGUUAAAAAGAGAAAUUUAAUUAAUUGAGACGCUGUGUCUUCGUUUAAUCUCCAUAGCAACUAUUUAUACAAGCAGAAAUGCCCAAUCCACACACACACACCGAAUGGCAGAGAUAGAGUAAUCCCAAUUAAUUUGCUAUCUCAUUUUAAAGUAAUGCUGCAUUUUUUUAGCCCAGUCUCAUGCUUUGUUCGUAUAUCUCUAUGCUUUAAGACGCAAAUAUUAAUUUUUUUAAACAUUGAGUGAUAGAGUAAGAUUAAAAAAAACGAUGAUAAGUUUCACUCUAUUUUGAAACUAUAAAGAAAUUUUAUUUAAAAAGAGGGAUUUUGCAUGACUAUUUUACUG